CUUCUCGCAACAUGCAACACAUCCAAACUGUUCGGAGCCUACGGGGCACAGAGGCGUAGGGAAUUUCUUGGUGCGGAGAUCAAGCCUCCUCGCUGCCUUCAUCGGGACUCAUUUUUCUACUUUUCUGAAAUGUGUGUGCGUGUUUCUGCGAAACAGAGAAAGUGUUUACAUGUGCUUGAAGGUGUGUGCUAAAUACGAAAGGAGAGAAAUUCCACGCAAUCGAAAUAUUUCAACACUUCACUUGCGAGGAUAGAAUGGGUCCGAGCAUAUAAAUGCAUUUUAAAGGAAUGCCACUUGCAAGACUACAAAAGGGAACCGAAAAUAACCCAAAGAAAUUACCGUGAUUCAACGUUUUUUCAUUAAAACUGUUCAGCUGUGGACUAGCUAUUAUUGAUGACAAACCACGCAUAAAAUCCUUGGAAAAAGCUUCUCCUCACAACAGUCUGUUCUGGAUCAUAUCUGUAAGUGAUCUCUCUACAAGCUUGGAAUUACACAGGCGGUUUUUAGUUCUUUUCGCCAAAUAAUCAGAUGCGUUUUGAUAUUGGUUGAAUAUUCUUGAAACUGAAACUGACGAGAAAAAUGCUUAGUUAGAGCACCGCGUAUUACCCUCUCAAGCGUCGAUACAUCUGGAAUCCUUUUGCAAAGUGGAUGAGCUUCCCGAUGAGAGAUCCAGUUAUUCCAAGAACAAACAUGGCAUACCAUCCGUUUUUACCUCACCGGAGUCCGGAUUUCGCCAUGAGUGCAAUGCUAGGUCACCAGCCUCCAUUCUUCCCGGCCCUGGCGCUGCCGCCAGCCGGUUCCCUCUCUCUGCCGGGUGCGCUGGGGAAGCCAAUCAUGGAUCAGCUGAUGGGCGCAGCCGAAAACGGCCUUCACUUCUCUUCGCUGGGGCACCAGGCUGCCGCUACCCAUCUCAGGCCUCUCAAAACGUUGGAACCUGAAGAGGAGGUCGAAGAUGACCCAAAAGUGCACCUAGAAGCUAAGGAACUUUGGGAACAGUUCCACAAGAGCGGAACUGAAAUGGUUAUCACGAAAUCAGGAAGGAGAAUGUUCCCCCCGUUCAAAGUGAGGUGUACCGGCUUGGACAAGAAAGCUAAGUACAUUUUGCUGAUGGACAUCGUAGCGGCCGACGACUGCAGGUAUAAAUUUCACAACUCGCGCUGGAUGGUGGCAGGGAAGGCCGACCCCGAAAUGCCAAAGAGGAUGUACAUUCACCCAGACAGCCCGGCCACAGGCGAGCAGUGGAUGUCUAAAGUCGUCAACUUUCACAAACUUAAGCUGACGAAUAAUAUCUCUGACAAGCAUGGAUUUACCAUUCUGAACUCCAUGCACAAAUACCAGCCCAGGUUUCACAUCGUACGAGCCAACGAUAUUCUCAAACUACCCUACAGCACAUUCAGAACCUACGUGUUCCCCGAAACCGAUUUCAUUGCUGUAACUGCCUACCAAAAUGAUAAGAUCACGCAACUGAAAAUCGACAAUAAUCCAUUUGCGAAGGGGUUCCGUGACACUGGCAAUGGAAGAAGAGAAAAAAGGAAGCAAUUAGCUCUGCAGUCUAUUAGAUCUUACGAGGAGCAACAGAAAAAGGAAGUAGGAACGUCGGACGACUCUUCGGGGGAACAAGUUGCAGCGGUGUCCACCGUAGGACCACCGAGUAUUAAAGAUUUCUGUGAGAGUGAUGAUGACAGCGACGAUGGGAGCAAAGAUGGAAACUUACACGAUGGACAGGAAUCUGGGAAAAUAUCUACCAGCACAGAGAAUGCGAAGGAGCAUGUGUCAAGCCCUACCAAAGAUCACCUGUUUGCCAACAAUGACUCCACAAGUCUCGUGGGAGAGGAGACCACGAGGACUGUGAAAAGCCCUGCAGACUCCAGGCAAAGUCCCGUCACCAUCAUCUCCAGCACUACAAGCUCUGGUGAUGACUUCAAGACUUCAGUGCGCGAUCCACCAAAAAUAGACGAAUGCCGAUCCCUGAGUAAGGAAAAAUACACACCACUGACUGUUCAGACGGACUGUAGCCCACAUUUAAACCAAGGCCACUUGCAUAAUUUUGGAUUUCCACCAGGUCUUAGCGGCCAGCAGUUUUUUAACCAUUUGGGUGGUACCCAUCCUUUCCUUCUGCAUCCCAGUCAGUUCAACAUCGGAAGUGCUUUUUCCAACAUGGCCGCUGCUGGCAUGGUCCCUUUACUAGCCGCGGUGUCCUCAGGUGGGGUUAACACCAUUGACACAACCAGUAUCUCGUCGUCCCCUCCGGGCCUAACAGGAUCUUCAGGACUGCCUUUUCAUUUACAGCAACAAGUUUUGGCAUCACAGAGCCUGGCCAUGUCUCCAUUCGGCAGUCUUUUCCCAUACCCCUACACCUAUAUGGCAGCAGCUGCGGCAGCCUCUUCUGCAGCCUCAUCCUCGGUCCACCGGCACCCCUUUCUGAGCGCCAUGCGCCCUCGCCUCAGGUACAGCCCCUACCAGCUCCCCCUUGGUGUGCCGGACAGCUCCCCACACACACCAGGCCUGAUCCCUAUGGACAGUAGCACCAUGGAGCUGAAGGGCAACAGCAUGGCGGCUAGCCCGGCACUGACGACGCUGGACUCUGCGUCAGAGGCCAACGGCAGGUCAUCAGCCUUGUCAUCUGGCUCCGUCUCCCUGUCUCCAAAGACUUGUCCCACAAAGGACUCCACCAGUGAGUUGCAGAGCAUCCAGCGUCUGGUGAGCGGACUGGAUUCGAAACAAAGCAGGCCCCGGAGUUUAUCCCCAUAGAGUGCAGCAUGACAGAACGAAACAAGACUGCCAAUCGGCAAUAUCUUUAAUGCUGGCGAUGUUAAGAAUUACGUGAAAGAUGAUGCUGAUGUGAUAGUGGUGAUUAGGAUGAUUAUAAUAUCUGUCUAGCAAAUGCGGGUGUGGAUUGCAGACCUAUGGACCUGUUUCGAUUUUUAAAAUGCACUUUGUUUGUAAAGAACUGAUAACUCUAUUUCUGUCACGUUAAAACUGAAGAACUUUGAACUUGUUGUUUAUUUGACUACCACGCAAGUAUUGAAACUGAAAGGAUACUGAGAAUUAGAACCAUAAACCGAUUAAGCUGCUGCUACGUCCUAUCUAUAUUUUAUAUGCCAAGUCGCUGGGCUAAAAAUUUAAUACAUACCCUGAAGUGGUGAGAAUUGUUUUAAGUAUAUACCUAUACAGAAGUAUACAGUCUGAUAUGGUUGAUAAAUUUAAUGAAGUCCUGUGUGCGAGAUGAGAAGAGAUUUUGCAUGCUCCACAAUCUGCAAACCUCUGAAUGAUCCUUAUAUGUUGGUUCAGUUCAGGGGAAUUUUUAAUUUAAAUUCUUUUAAGAUAAGCAAAAUAAAAAUGAUAGGUGUGUAUUUCAAAACAUUAUAAAACUAACCUAAAAGCAAACAUAAAAGUAAUUUGAUCCCCCUUACAAUCAGUUCAAAUCACCAAACCUUUAAUUUCAAAGAAAAGGGAACAGGAAAAAGAAAGCAUAAAAAAACUACAGUAACAUGGACUAUAAAUGUAAAUAUAUAUUAUAUAUCAAAAUAUUUAUGUAAUUAUUUGGUAUUAAGUGUAAAUAUAAUGGGUUAGAAGUCUGAGGUUCAUAAUUUCUUUAAUUUAUUGUUGAUACACUUGUUUAAUGGUGUGUUUCAGUCAUCUUCAUUUCACCCAUAGUUACCUGUGUGCUGACCACUGCUUAUGCCUCACCUUCAGCCUCCGGUUGUCUAAGCAGACCUGAACAUGUGCCAUCCUUUUAUCUUUAAUGGAGUUUAAAGUGCUAUCGUCAAGCAAGCUGACAACACAGUGCAUCAGUUUACUUGAAAAAAAAAAUCUUUAACCAUUUAUCUUUUUAGUGUGUGUCAAGACCUAAACAAAUUUUCUUAAAACAUGUUGCAGCUUGGAAGUAAAAUUGCUGAAUAUUUUUUAUUGUAUAAAAGUUUAAUGUGUUAAAGUUGUCCUUUGGGUUCUGUAGUACUCAAUAUUUUGAUUGGUUUAGUUGACAUCAUUGAAAAUGUUUCUUGAAGGUUUCAAUAAACUAUUGAACAUUG